AUGGGUGUCAUAAGGCACAUCGUGUGCGCCAUGUCGGGUGGUGUUGACAGCUCAGUCGCCGCUUUGUUGCUGAAAAAACGAGGUUAUAAUGUGACCGGCGUUUUCAUGAAAAACUGGGAUUCCUUGGAUGAAAGUGGAGUUUGCACUACAGAAAAAGACUGCGACGAUGCUUACAAAGUGUGUCAAAUGCUGAACAUCCCCUUCCAUCAAGUGUCAUAUGUUAAAGAAUACUGGCAUGAAGUUUUCAGUUAUCUGUUAAAGGAAUACGAGAACGGAAGGACUCCUAAUCCUGAUAUACUCUGCAACAAACAUAUUAAAUUCAAACAUUUUCAUAAGUAUGCUGUCAUAACUCUAGGUGCUGACGCGAUGGCAACAGGGCACUAUGCGAGAACCUCCCAGGAAGAUGAAGAAGUUUUCCAGCAGACUCCCAAAACGGCCCCCUUUGUGCUCUUCAGAAAUCGAUUUGAUAUCCGGAACCCGGUGAAGCUGUACAAAGGGGCCGACCUUGUCAAAGAUCAGACUUUCUUCCUCAGCCAGAUCUCCCAGGAUGCACUGAGGCAGACCAUGUUCCCCCUCGCCGGCCUGACUAAAGAUUUUGUGAAAAAAAUAGCGGCUGAAGCGGGGUUUGAGCAUGUGCUGAAAAAGAAAGAGAGUAUGGGUAUUUGCUUCAUAGGAGAGAGAAACUUUGAAAACUUUAUCUUGGAGUACCUCGAGCCUAAACCUGGUAACUUUGUAUCCAUUGAGGAUGGGACUGUAAUGGGCACACAUAAAGGCUGGUUUACCCUGACACUAGGCCAAAGGGCACGGAUAGGAGGUCAAAGGGAUGCCUGGUAUGUGGUGGACAAGGAUAUCAAUACAGGCGACGUGGUUGUGGCUCCGUCAACCAACCACCCGUCCCUUUUUCGCGACACUUUACGGACGGACCGCUUCCACUGGAUCGCUGACGAUCCGCCGCCAGAAUUGGCGCGGACCAAGAUGAUGGAGUGUCAUUUCCGAUUCAUCCACCAGGAACCGCUCGCUCCCUGUACGGUGACUCUCAACAUGGACGGUUCUGUGUGGAUCUCACUCGCGCAGUCGGUCAGAGCUUUAACACCAGGACAGUUCGCAGUGCUCUAUAAAGGUGACGAGUGCCUGGGAAGUGGGAAGAUUAUCCAGUUGGGACCGAGUGACUUCACCAUCCAACGUGGUCGGGAAUCGGCUCAGCUUAAAAAAGACAACCCGGAACCGGUUAGAUGA